GCGAGGCAGGCAGCCCUGUAGAGUUCUCACAGCAGCGAGUGUUUCCGCUCACCUAAAAUAAAGAGCUGGCGAGUCGAGGAGGACAAGGAGUGACGGAGCAGGGCAGACGGGACCUCGACGGCGAAAUACUUCUAUUCUACUUUCUUUUUACAGCUUUAGUCUGUGGGUGUCGUCUUUAAAUCUGACUUUAAUGCCUCGAUUGUGAACCGGGGCAGAGGAGGGCUCGCCGCUGUUAACCUUUACGUUGGUUAAGCCGUAGAGGACUCUCACUGGCUGUCGGGGGGGGGAAAAGAUGUGCGAUGGAAUGGUAGCGUUUCCGACGAGAGCCCCGUCCUCCUCCUCUGUAGCCCACAGACUGGCUGCCUCUGCACUUCUCCUCUUCAUCCUGCUCCCUCAUGGUCAUGCAUCAGGUUGUGUGCCGCCACUCAGAGUGCAGCAUGGAAGCCUGCUGAACCAGACCGAGUCCAAGCAGGUCUCCUACCCUCCUGGCUCCCAGCUCACAUUUGGCUGCGAUCCAGGAUAUACUCCAGAUGGACCAGCUAUUGUCUUUUGUACCAGCGAUGGAGUUUGGUCCCGGUCACCUCCAAAUUGUAUCAAAAACUAUGUGUGUUCGCCUCCUACGGAACCAGAGAACGGAGGCUACCGCUGCCACCCGACUCCCUGCCACCGUCUCAUCCACAACACCGUCAUCGAGUAUUUCUGUGAUGAGGGAUACACGAUGAAGGGCGACUACAAGUACCUCACCUGCCUUAACGGCGAGUGGGACAAUCCCAUGCAGAUCAGCUGCAGACUAACACAAGACAAGGAGCCCAGCCUGCCGUUGGGGAUGCCAGCUCUGUCCAUCGUGUUGACCACAGCGAGUUCUGUGUUACUCAUCCUGCUCUUAGUGGUGCUGUUUGUCCUUGUACAGCCAAAACUCAAGUCCUUCCAUCACAACAGGAGGGAGCAGGGCGUCUCAGGCCAGACCAGCUCCAUCGUGGUGGAGGGCGUCCAGGUGUCCCUGCCCUCCUACGAAGAGGCGGUAUAUGGAAGUAGCGGACCCUGUGGUAUGUCUGGCCCUCCUCCUUCUCCACCACCGGCUGCAGCUUCACCAGAGUCGCGGGUCCCCAUCGUGCUCUCCGAGGGGCUUCCUCAGGGAGCCGCGGGGGGCCAAAGCUCCAGCAGGAGCCGCCAACACAGAGAAUUAGACUUCUGUCUCCCAUCAACCUCUUCCUCCUCCUUCUCCUCCCGCCGUCACGCAGAGACGGUGUUGGUUCAUCAGGCCCCCUCAUCCUCCUCCUGCUCUUCUUCGACUUCAUGGGCUAGAGAGCACCUUGCGGGUGCUUGGGCGGGCCCCCUACCUCUCCGUAGAGACUCUGAGAGCAGCGACCAGCACAGUCUGCUUUCAGUCGCCUCUGUAGACGAGUUUGCUGACGAUAUCCCUCUGUUGAAGGAAGCAUGAAGCCUGCGACCCUCUAUCAGCAGCAGCAGCAGCAGCAGCAGCAGCAGCAGCAGCAGCUCCUUCCUCUAUCUGUCGCUGCUGUCCAGAACUGACUGUGGCUGUCUAUUUACUUCCCCACAACUCCCCUCUGUCGUCCGAGCAGCCAGCAGAGAAGUGACUAGAACAAUGCUCAAUCUCCUACUGCAGCCUCUUCUGCUAUUACUGUUUUCAAGCAAAACCAACAACCAAUACUGCAAUAUAAGCAAUGAUGGAGCCCACCGGACCCAAAUACUGGUUGAACAUGCGCAAAGGCCAGAUGCAUUAAGUGGAACCCAGUUGACGUAAAUCCUGUAGAUCCUGUGAAUAAGAGUGAAAAAUUACUUAUUGAGUCAGGAUUGUUACCAUGCACUUGCCUCUCGCCCAGUGUAGUUAUCUGUAUCUCCACUGCAAACAGUGUUGUUUUUUUUCAGCAAACGCUAUAGACUCAUCAGUUCUGAUCAGAAUCUUUGUUGAUACAAAAAAAAAAAAGUUUGAUUAACUUGUGAUUUUUGGCUCCUGAAGCUUCGGCACUCAGAACCGUCUUCCCGCUGUACUUGAAAAGUCGUGAGUCACACUUGACUUUUCGCGGCCCUCUUCUGCGAAUGCUGCAUGUUGUUUUUCAGUUCACUGCUGUCACGGCGCGCUGAACGACGCAUGAAGCCUCCUCUGUUUCCUUCGCUCUCUGUUCACCGCCGCUGUCUAGCAAAUGGAUUAGCCGGAGUGACAACCGUGUCACAAAAGCUAAAAGCAGCGCGCGGCGUUUCAUUAAGCACCAUAUCACAGCUAUAAAAAGCCCUGCUUCUUUAUUUUCCGCCUCCAGCUGCAGCCGUAUCUAGAGGCCACUGCUUCUGCUGCAUGAGUGGGAUUGAUUGGUGUUUUGGCUGCACAUCUUACACUUCUCGUACAGGGAGAGGGGUGACGUGGUUUUCUGCCUGAGCUGAAGUGAGAUGCCUGUUGUGAUCGGACAGCUGGUUAAACUUUUUAAGGUUCCUAUCGUUAAAUUUUUUUCCUCAAUGUAUUUAUUGUUUGCGUGUGACUAUUUGCUUUGAGUUGCCGAAUCGGAGUGUGUAUGUGUGUGUACUUCUUGUGUAGCCAGGCAGGAGAAAACAUGUCCAGAUAUGGUAGGCCUUGAUGCAGCCCUUUUCCUGGUUUGCUUGUCCUCAGAUUGAGGACAAUGUCCCAGUCUUUCACCAUAGGAAAACAUCCCUCCCAUCGCUUAAAAAAAAAAAAGUCACAUGAACAAACCAGCUUCACUUGUGGCAUUGAGUUUGCAACACAAUAAGGGUAUUAUUUAUCCACUCUCAAGCUAGAAUACGGCUGUAAAACUUCACUCUCCUUAAAGGAACUGGCUCACCCGUUUUCAUGCUGAACUAAAGACUGUCCACUGUUAAGAAUUGUGGAAACAAACUGCAACUGGUUGCAGUAAAAUGAAGAAAAGGCUUUGUUAGAUAGCAAUACACCCCCUUCUGUCCCCCUCAACAUACUCACUCACUCUUAACGCCAAGUGCAAAUUAAAGAGAGAAACAUGUCCUUCUGUUCGAAGUCAUUAUCUGUUUUCAUUGCCACUUGAAAAGCUUUGAGCUGGCCACAGUGGAAACAGCAUGGCUCAGACAAACCCUGACAAUUACUUCUUGAGCUUUGAAAACACACAGACACACACGAGCCGUCUAAAUAGUUGUUCUAGUUUUUAUUUGGCUUUUUUUUUUCCUGUCAUUGUCAGUGGCUACAUUAUUCAUGCAAACAAAAUGUUGCCUUAGAUUUGUACAUUUUCUUUUCUUUUAAUAUGUAUAAUCUUAAGCCUCCAAAUUGAUUGCUUUACAGUUUUUGCAACUUGUUAUUUUCCCAAUUGCCUUACUCUAUUCUUUUUCUAUUCUAUGCAUAAAAAAGUCUUUAUUUAUCAAUACGUUUACUUCUGUUGUGGGCUCAACUAGGCGAAUGUCUGUCCCUUUCUGUUCUCCCCCACUGUUUUUCCAGCAACUGUGAUGAUUGACAAUAAUAACAAUGACCCUGAAAGCACCUAUAUUUCAUUACCUUUUGGCUUCUUUUGCUGCAAGGCUUCAAGUUUUAAGACGACUGGAGGAAAACAAAAGUUCUAAAGAAGCACUGUUGUACGGUGUUUAUUCCCCAGAAAUAACAGGUUAAAAUUACCCAUCUGGACUCUUAAUUUCAAUGCUUUAAACUUUUUUUUCUCUCUGAACAUGGCAGUGGAUUUGAAGAUAGUAAUUUAAUAUUUGUAUAAAGUUUAAUUUAAUUUUACAGUGUGUAUAUAACUUUCUAAUUAAAGCUUUCUUUUAAAUGUG